UAAAUUCCACUUGAUUGCUUCACCUUCCUCCUCAGUUUCUUUCUCUCUCUCUCACAUUCUAUUUCAUAACUUGAAUCCUAAGUAUGAUUUGCACCCUCUUCUUCUCUUUAAAUGCACACAAUUAGUUCCUGGUUUUACCCUCUCCACACAGCAACACUGACACAUUUUCAACCUCCACAAACCUUUCACUGACACAAGCACACGGGUAAUGUCUCACUAUAUAGACCCAGACACCACUUCCUAGUUCACACACCCUUUCUCCAUAAUUAAGAAAACACUGUCCUUUUUGUGUCCUUUUUCUCACUGUCCUCCCACACAUGGGUCGCCAUUCCUGUUGUUUAAAGCAAAAACUAAGGAAAGGUUUAUGGUCCCCCGAAGAAGAUGAGAAGCUCUUCAAUUACAUAACCAGAUUUGGCGUUGGCUGCUGGAGUUCGGUUCCCAAACAAGCUGGACUUCAAAGGUGUGGAAAGAGUUGCAGAUUGAGAUGGAUAAACUACUUGAGGCCGGAUUUGAAGAGAGGGAUGUUCUCUCAACAAGAGGAGGAUCUUAUAAUUAGCCUUCAUGAAGUUCUAGGAAAUAGGUGGGCUCAAAUUGCAGCUCAGUUACCAGGGAGAACAGAUAAUGAGAUUAAGAACUUUUGGAAUUCUUGUUUGAAGAAGAAGCUGAUGAAGCAAGGGAUUGACCCUGCUACACACAAGCCUCUUGUCAGUGCGGAAGAUCACAUAGUAAAGGAAGAGAAGUACAGCAUAGAGACACCACCGUCUGUGUUGCUACCAGUGUCUCAAGGGAUUUUAGUCUCCUCAUCACAGGAUUCACCACUUCUAGUGAACAAUUCAAAUUACUAUGAUGCUGUGUUCAAUGUAACAGAAACUUCAAGGGGAGUUUUCGUGAGCAAGAAUGCAUUGGACCCUUUGUCCUCCUACUUUGAAUUCCAAAUGGGUUACAGUUCAAGUGUGAACCCAAUGAGACAGUUUGAUCAGAACCAGGUGGGAACCAAUUCGAGUUAUGGAUUCUCCUCAUUGCCGUGUCUGAAUACUUCUGAUCACCACGGGAACGUGUCGGUGGCAGAGUUUUCAGACAACAACUCAGCUUCUAAAAUCAGUUCUUUGUUGAAGGAAAGUUCCAGCAAUAGCUCUAGCAUGAGUGUUUAUCCAGGAGCCGGGUGUCAAAUGAUGGAAAAUGCAGGGUUCUCAUCAUGGGAAUGUGACAACAAAAUUGAUCCUUUGUUACAGUUUCAAGUCAAUGUGGUAAAAUCUGAAGAGUUCAAGACAAGUUCGUGGCAAGAAGAGCAGUUUCUGACUCAGGAUUCCAUAGAUUUCACUACCUAUCCGUUAAUGUCACUGUCGGAGGAUCUAAGGGGAGCAAAUUUUGAUGUGUUCCAGCAUAUGUGAGCUAAGCGGGUCAAAGACUCAAAUUAUCAAAUAUGAUGAGGGGUACUUGUCACAGUCAUUAGCAGUGAUGCAGAAUUUCAAGACUCAUGGACAAGGAUAUGUAUGUAUAUAUAUAUAAUAUGAUGUAACAUGAGUGUGGAUUGAUCUGUGGAAAAGUCUACAGUGAUGCUGAAAAAGAUGAACGAAUAAAAAGCCGUACACAUAAUAUGAGAGAAGGAAAACACCUUUGAGAAAGAAAAAGCAAUGAACCUUCUCAUGCUACGCGCUCGUACGUUUUAUGUACACGUUGAUGAAUACACAGAAUGAGGCACGUAUAAACAAAAAUAUGAAGGGUACGUAAGCACUUUGAAACAGUGUGAUUAUGGUAUAUGAUUAUGUAUGAGGGAGAUGAGAUGCAUAUAUGAUAUGAUAUGAU